GGACUUUACUAGUUAAUAGAAAAUAACGUCGAGUAGAGUGAUUCUGCACUUCCCACAUAGCGCUGCCACCAAUUGGAGGAUUAUGUCCAUGAACUACUUUUAUUUCAUCUUCGGGAGCUUCCGGAGUAUCUUGAACAUCACGGGUUGAUUAGCGACAGGGAGUAUGGUUUCAGGCACCAGCGAUCCACGGCGAACCUCCUAGCUUACGUCACGCAACUGUGGAGUAAACUCGUCCAGUCAUAUGAUGCCUAUCAUCCGACGACCACUCUUCCUCUACCUAUGCAUAGCCCUUGUGACGUCAUCGGUGGCGCAGCAGCACAGAAAGCACUCCUUCCGGAGACAUCUACCUCCUCCGGCUCAUCUGAGGGUGGUGGACCCUUCCACGGCUGACGACGCAGAACUCCUCGACGGGGAGGAAAGCCAGGGUGUAGGUGGCGGGGGUAAGAAGCAGACGCAUCAGAAGAACAAACAGACGAAUGGGGAUGAUGAAGAUAAGCCGAAGACGCUGUCGCAACAGGUGGCUGACGGGAAAUACGGGUUGAUACAGAACGAGCUGUUCAGGAAACCGCCCAAAAGACCGGGGGUUAUUAGUUACAAUGACAAUCCAGAGGUACCAAACGACACGGCAUCGAACUUCGGCGGUCUGAAUGAAAACGAAAUCUGGCUGGCCGAGAACCACCUCCUCGUACUAAGAGGUGGCCAAUAUCCGCCGCACAACGCCAAAAAACCACCGGAUGAAGAGAAUGGUCUGCUGAUGUGGCCCCCCAUCGACGACUACAAAGCGCCCCCGCACCAGGUCAAAAUCCCAAAAAACCCAAAGGUGCCGCCGCCCUUUCCCGUCCCAUUUCAAAUCUUUGCGGGAACGCAGAAUGCACAGAACCAAACAGAUUCCACCGGUGCGACGCAAGAAGCGUCCAAAGCUACCAAUCCCGAUCCGUCCCACGCUACUGCCGGGCAAGCUGCGGUGCCAAUAUUUGAACCAGGCGGUCCGGGGGAAGAGUGGCGGGGGUUGCCGCUCCCCCCAUCCCAGACGCAAUUGAACGGCACCUGGCGACCGCCUUUCUUGGAGUAUUUGCCCCCUGGGGCGGUCAUACUGCCCCCACCGGACAAUCGCACCGAACAAAUCGACGAAGAGGACCCUUCGAUCUACUAUCCGCCGCCGUACACUUUCUAUUACCGCCAGGAUAACACCUCAAAGGUACCUCCAGGUCCUCUAGUACCAGGGAUCGUCCUGCCUCCACCUCCGGACUUCUUUGCUCCUUUAGAAGAGGAAAUCGUCAACAACACAAUCACAACUCCGACCAAACUGACCACAAAUAAGCCUCAUCGUACACGAAAACCAAUCACAACCCAACAUCUCAACACCCAAAUCAAUCCAACCACAACCCCUCUUCCACCGACCACCCAGAAGUCAGUCAAGAUAUAUCCGGUUGUGAAGACUUCAACCACAACUACUACUUCUGCACCUACGGUGGUCACCAUUCUACCUGUACGUCAAGAUCGCAUCUAUCUGCCUAACAAGAAACGACCUCAAGACGUAACGGUGCUCAGACCUGUCCAACCUCAAACCACCAAAUCACCUCACAGAGGAGUGUAUGUCUAUGAGAACGAGAUUCCUAAUAAACCGUAUGUGCAAUACGCUACUCCAACCAAGAAGAAGACGUACAGCACAACUCAAGAACCUGUAGAAUAUUACACAACUCCGAAAACUGUACAGGUUACUCCCAGAGGUCCUCAAGAGAUACCGAACAACCAUUAUCUUCAGUAUGCAUCACCAGACAACCCACAAACUACUGUGACCACUACAAAAGUACCUGCGAAGUACUAUGAUACCUCAAUACAUCAAGAAGGUCCUUACGUCCAAUAUACUAGCAAGAAAACAACCACACCUCCACCCGCAAGGUACCAUACUAUCACCACUUCCGAAGAGGUGACAAGCAAUCCUUACGUUCAAUUCGCUACUUCAGGGGGCAAAAAGAAGAUCAUCGUCAGUACAACGCAAGUACCUUUGAAGUACUAUACGACCUCGAACAAUCUGGAAGUAAAUCCAGGUAAGGUAAAGACUACGUCUAAGCCUAAAGUAGUCCCAAGUGACUACUUCUACUAUGAGGAAACGGAGAAGAACAGACAGACGACCACACAGAAGCCACGGUACUAUCACCCAAGCACGGAGGGGUACUACAUCAAGCCGUCGCCAAGGCCGAGGAGACCGCAGUACAUUUAUGUGUCGGCCAAACCUUACAAUACGCAGAAACCUAGAUUCAGACCAGUGAAGUCGCGGGAUUCUUUUAGUGUGCAUGUUGCGAAGAUCCAGAAACAUAUAAAUCAGUAUUUACCUACUUCUAGACCGUCGCCGAAACCUGUUUAUCAGUACAGCUUUGAAGCUAACGGGUACAAAUCUACCAAAGGUAACUUUAGACCUUCACCCUCGGAACUAAACGAAGACCACUUCAGACCAGUACCAAAGUACAGCGUCGAAAUACAGCAAGCCAUAGAAGUAAUACCUUCCACGGAAGCUCCAAGAUACCAAACUACCGUGGCGCCUCCGUCGAAAUAUCACGAGUACCAAGUUGUGCCAGCAACUGAAGCUCCACCGGUGAAGUACGAACAAUAUCAGGUGGUACCCAGUAGCGAACUGCCUCCUAUGAACUACCAGGGAUACCAAAUUGUUUCCAACAGCGAAUUGCCACCGCAUAUACCACAGUAUCAAAUCGUACCUUCGACAGAGAGCCAUGUCUACGAGAUAGUACCAGUGACAAAAUCUCCACCAGUCAACUACCCCGAAGUUGAGAUAGUCAAAUCCACCGAGAUACCUUUCUACGAACAAAGUACUGAAAGGCCAGGAUACUAUGGCAGGUACGAAAAGGCGCCGCAAAAAGACAAAUACCUGAACAAGGCGGUACCCACGCCAAGGCCAAUAUCUCAGUACUCGUUCGAAGCAACAGCCAAUCCAUUGUAUCACGGCUUCUAUACGAAACCGGAACAGGAGUACCUCGACGAUAACACCAAGCACUACUUUACUAUGUUUGGGAAGAAGCUGCCAGGAUCCACAACUCCUAUACCUCCAAGAGAAGGAAAUAGAGGACAGUCGUAUAAUCAGCAGAAGGCGAAUACGCCUCAUUCUUUGCAGGAUGAUACGGCCGUAAACUACUUAAACCCAAGACCAACGUUAGAACCUGAAGCAGAAGUGAUACGUCACUACCCGAAAGUAUCCAGGUACCCGCCCAGGGACCAAAAAGUCAAUGAGAGACCAGAGAUCGUGAAGGCCAUACCCAUUCAGGUGCCUUCGGACGACGUCGAUGGGACUUUCGUCUCAUAUCAACUUCCAGGUGACAACGGAGCUCACUUUUAUUUCCUCACACCGCAACUCGCAGAAAGAACUCAACAGGGUACUGGGUUCUAUUUCACCAGGGCUGAUAACCAGAGACGGAGAAGAAAUGACACCUCGAAUGAAAAGAAUGGGUGAUAAAGAUGUGUUGAGAUUGAAACAGAAUAUAACGUUGGAAUGCGAUUUCAAAGUGAUUGCCAUCAAAGUAAAAGAAUUAUGUUGCCUUUCAAAGAGAUGAAGGUUUUAGGAGUUACUAGUCGGUUCAUUACUCAAAUCUGCUUAUCCACUGAAGUGGAUUCAGUGAAUCUUCAAGACCACAAAUUCCAAAUUAUUAGAAAACACUCCUCCACUAAUGAUAAUGCAGACUAACUCAACAUGUUGCACAGGUAGGUAACAAUUCGUUAAUAUGCACCUUCCCAAUAGUUAGUAAUGACAUUUGCCAUUCGAAAAGCAACUUCAAAUUCGAUUUAAAAAAAAAUGCGUAGUGAAUUGGAUCUGCUGAUUUCUCACACCCAAAAAAAAGACAUGCUGUUAUGCUUGGUGGGAACUAUUUCAACAUAAUUGCGAAUUAAAAAACAAACGCAGUUUUUAAUAAAGUGAAAAAUUAUUGGUGAGAAAAGUUUCCGUUUUUGCUCAGUUUCUGGCAUUUUAAUAAAUCGGUAUGGUGUGCAACUGAAGCAAUAACUCGAGAAACUGUGUACUGUAACACAUGGAUAUAUGUUCCAAUAUUUAUUUCAUAUAAUGAAGCGACAUAAAAACGAAGUGUUCUCAAAACCUGAUUUUUCUGAAGACAGAAUGGUGGCGGUUAUAUAACGGUUCUCCAGAAGACCCGUUAGGUGCUCUAAAACGAUGUCACUCAUCAUGAAUCAUGUUUUAACUCAAUAUUAUCAAAUUCCCUGAAUAAAAAAGUGUACGUUUCGACAAUAUGAAGAGUCUUGCAAUAAUCGUGUUACAUUCUGUUCCAACUCUGAAGGCAUUUAUGAGUGAUACUAGGAGUGAGGUUAUAUUUCCAAUAUGAAUAUCAUUAGUGCCUAAUCAAUAUAAAUGUGAGGAAAUAAAACUGAAAUGGUCUGUGAUCGUAGGUUUCAAAUUAUAAUAAAAUGGAUAUGCUAUGACAUUGAUAUGUUAGAAUAUCAGUUGAAGUUUUGUUUUGCUCGAAAUAUAAGCUAUUUUGAUAAACUAAGUUAAACAUCAGUGUUUAGUUGUAUAAACGCUAUAUUUUAUCUAUGUGAGGGUAAAUUUACUAUAGCACUGUGAAAACGUAAGAUAAUUUAUAUGCACGCUUCAUAAAUGCAGUGCCAUUAUAUUAUUACUUUAAAACAUCGUUAUAUUAAAAUCUAAAUGUCAUACAUAGACAUUAAAGCGGAUAUAAAUUAUAUGAAAUAGGUAAUGUGAAGUAUUCAUUUUAUGAAAAUUCACAUAAACUGUCACAUACUUCAUAGUUAAUACCCUAGUCAUAGAGCACUAUAUUUUUGUUUUAUUAUGUCAAGCAAUAAGUACAUAGUAAUUUUAAAUCUCUUUUAGCACUAUAGGAAAAUUGGCUGCGUUUUUUCAGUAAAAUUGUAAAUAUUAUUUAUGUUCCUAGUGAUAUCUGUAAAUAAAGCAUUAUCCUUUGUUUUUGUUUCAAUCAGAUAGAAAUGAUAAGCAAAUUAACAUCGGAUAAUACAGAGAGCGGGGCCUACUCAGACUUUUUUUAAAUUUCGUUUGAAUUUUAGGAGCCGCCGUCCAGCCGGGGCCCUGAUCCUUAUUCUAAUAGGGUAGAAAC